AAUUAUGACUAGUUGUCAAGCGUUGAUGCAAGUGGGUCUCACAUCUCAUCAACCGCUUACAACCGCUGAAGUGCGCAUUGCCGGAAACUGUUGCUAGCUCUCAUGCUUCUAAACCAUAAACGAUGAUGGGUGUUCACCUCUCACUCUCUACUCUCUCCUUGAAGCCUCGGCGUUUGCUAAGCGUUGGGUACCCUUUUGCAAAGAGUACCAUGUUCAAUCCCAUUUUGUAAAGUUAUAGUCCAUCAGGACUCCUUCAAGAAUGGACAAAAAAUGAAGGAUGAGUAUGAAAAGCUCUGCCAAGAAAUUGAAGAUGCUGUCCAAAAAUUGGCUCCUCUUAAUUUUUCUAGUGACACUCAUAGACAGCAGGAACCAUCCCACUAUAAUCAAGGUGAUAUGGGAGAACAAAAGGAGAAUUUCUCAUGGUCUGGUGCACUUGGUUAUGUAGCCAGGAAGAAGCAUCCAAUUCACGCACAUCAUUACAAAGCUGGCGCUAUAAACACUUUGGUGAGAAUUAUUUGCUUGACUAAGAAAAUGUUACCAUCUCUCUUUUCCAAUACAUUUGUAAAAUUUGUAAAUUACUGUUGUACUUAGGCUUAAUUAGCUAGUGUAAAAUCUAAGAUUUUAUACCUAGUGACUAAUUUUUUGAAUUAGUUUUAUAUACAUAGACGAGGCUCUUCGGGUGUUAUGACAAAUGCCCCAUUUAUGUUAAACGUGGACUGCGACAUGUACACCAACAAUCCAAAGAUCAUUCUUCAUGCAAUGUGCCUACUGCUUGGUUUCAAGCAUGAAAAGAAGGUGCACAUUAGUACAGAUUGCCCAAAUGUUACACGACACUUUGAAAGAUGAUCCAUUUGGAAGCAAAGGGAUUGUGGCGGUAAAAGUGCGCAUAUUAUGAUCAUUUGAGU